GAAAAGAGUUUCCCCUCUGCGUGCCUCAGUUUUGUAACUUGUAAAAUGGAAGUACCAUUGCCUUCUUAGAACUGUGAGGACUCACAGAGAUGAGUGUAGGUAUAAGGUUUGAGACUGUAUGGCGGGUACAACGUAAGAAUUCAAGCCAUUCUCCUCUACCCUCCCGUUACCUCCCUUCCCCCACCACUGUGCUGGUUGUUAAUUAGUGGCCAUUACUAUGAUUAGCAUAGUCAAGACCAUGGGUAGCCUGGUCAUUUUACUAAUCUGUUCACAUUCCACUACAGCUGGUCUUGCAGUUGUUUUCCGGGUUGAAAAGGCCAUCGCUAAUCUGCAGACAACCUGCCGUCAUUGACUCUGGGUUGGCUGUCAAGAACAGCUGUCAAGUUCAGCAGAAGGAAGGAGGCAUCCAUCCACCGAGUCUCAGUGUCUCCUCCUCUCCCUUGCAGGGAUGAAUGCGCACUCCCAGCAGUGCAGUGGCUGGACCAGGUCAUCAGUAUAUUCGCGCCCCUGUCCGUGGGCCAGGUGAUGACGUGGGCAUCUCAUGUGAUUGGUUGUGGUUUCAUUCUUGGAUGGAACUUGGUUUCACUUCUUGUAGAGUUUCUAUUUCUGUCCAGGGUUUAUCAACUAGUUCCCCAGUUGGCUGUGAAACCCCAGCGGCACACAGCGGGCUGCUUCCUAGAGAGGCAGCAGGAAGCUGUGCACAUCCAAGGUGAAACGGAGUUUUUGGAAACCACGAACAGAUCCAUCAACACAUCCAGAACUCUGGAAAAACCAAAGGACCACAAUUUCAUCCUUAAAGAACAAGCAGCCACAACCAAAGGGCUUCUUCACUGCCUGCAGGACACCCGCAGGCUGCUCCACACAUGCCGGGAGGGACGGGAAAUGUACUGCCGACAAACUGUCUUCCUGGCUGGCUUAGGUUUGGCUUUCCUCUACAUGACAGUUCUGGGCAUUGACUGCAUCAUCACAGGCUAUGCCUACACCCAGGGCAUUGGAGGCUCCCUCCUCAGCAUCCUCACAGCCCUUUCAGCGUCUGGCCUCAUGGGAACAAUUCUCUUUACCUGGCUCUGAAAGCAUUAUGGCUUGGUCACCACAGGGAUCAUUUCCAGUUGGCUCCAUUUAGGUAGCCUAACACUCUGUGUGUUUUCUGUCUUUGCUCCUGGAAGUCCUUUUGAUAUGGCUACCUUCUCCCUCCCAUGAAGCAAGAAUUCUUCUUCAAAUCAUGAGAUGCUAAAAGAUGACCAGGCACAUGUUUACACCUUUGAAAGAAAUCUAAAUCAACCCAUCUUCCCCGACUGCUCUCCUAUCCACUGGACCAAUAGUACAGUCUUGUUUGAUGGCCAGCAGGACCCUGAGCAGCCUGACUCUUACAUCUCUAUCAUCUUGCUCUCCUCAGGUGUGAUCCUGGCAAGAAUCGGCCUCUGGUCCUUCGACCUCACUGUGACUCAGCUUCUCCAGGAGAACAUUCUGGAAGCGGAGCGAGGGGCUGUGAACCGCAUGCAGAGCUCUCUGAACUACCUCAUGGACCUCAUUCACUUCGUCCUGGUCAUGCUGGCCCCGAGGCCGCAGCAGUUUGGCAUGUUGGUUUUUCUCUCCAUGCUCUUUGUGACCACUGGGCACGUGCUCUAUUUCUUUUAUGCAAGAAGGAGUAAGACUAAGAAGGCCCACGUGAUCAAGACAUCCGGGAAGGGCUGGUGGACGCCCCCGACGUGAGUGGUAGGUGGCCCUCCUUAGCGGUCUGGGCAGCCGUGGGCGCAUCUUCCCACCGAGUGAGUGUUCCAGCUGUUUUGUGUACCUCUUGCGUCUUGGUUCCAGCUGAGAGCAAACGUGUCACUUCCUGCCGACAGCAUCCCCUUCUUCUGGCUCCUUUCCUGGUACUAUCCUGAGGGUCAAGGGGGACAACCGGAAGGGCGCCCACUUAGCGGAAUUCAGGAAGCUCUUCCUCUCAGCUCCUUCACGGGACUGGUUUUAGUUCCGCCAAUACAAGAAAAAAAUCCAGUGCCAGGGCUGGGGGUGUAGCUCCGUUAGCCGGGUGCUUGCCUAGCAUUACAUGGAACCCUGGGUUCAAUCCCCAGCACCACUUAAAAGUUGGUGUGGCUGAGUGUGGGGGCACAUGCCUUGAUUGAGGGAGGCAGAGGCAGGCGGAUCUCUGUGAGUUCCACAACAGUCAGAGGUAU